AUGUCCGCCCACGGCAACGGAAGCAAUAACAACAUCCGCACCUGCAUCUCUUCCGUCUCCGGUAUCAGCUCCAUGCACCACACCGCAGGCGAUGCAGCCAUCACGGGCGUGGCCCCCUGCUGCGAGUCGAUGAAGCACCUUGAUGCAUCCGAGGCGACGAGGACGGCGGUCCCCUUUCCAGACAUAUCUGCAACCCUAACACCGGAUGGCCAUAGCUCCUUGACGUGCGCAGUGGGGUCGAGUACGAACCAAGACAUGUCCAGCACCACCAGCGCCGUGCCGCCGCAGCCCCCCUCGCGCUCGCAAACCAGCCUGCUUCCAUCGUUCCGCACCUCAGCGCCGCUGACAGCGACACCCCUUCCCACAUCCCUCGCCGGCGGCAGCGCCGCAUGCCAGCAUCAGUCCAUCGCUGUGGCGGACACUAUCGUGCGCAGCAGCUCCGCCCUCUUUUCGCAGGAACAGGCGGUAGGGCUGCGCAGAACCAAGCGAGACAUGAGCACGUCGCCCCCUUCGCGACACAUCGGCGGCGACAGUAGUCGCUCUGCCACUCCGCUGACGGUGUCCACGACAGCCUCGCUGGACCCGCGCGGCGAGAACACUCCCAUCCAGCAGAACGCGCUGGAGGCGCUGCAACGGGCUGUAAUCCACGUGCGCUCCAGCUUGCAGCAGAGCAACGUCGUCAAACCCUCCGUGGGGUCCGGCACUGAGGAUGAGCGCACGGGGCACAGCAUUGCACAGGCCGUGAGGGCCGCCGUUCGGGCGGCGGAGAUGAUUGAUCAGGAGAACGUGGACAGCAGCUUAAACGACAGCGACGUCGACGACGCGCCGAGCGAGGCGACAACAGGGACACGGCGCAGCCACAGGGCGAUGGACUGGCGCGACGACGACGACUCCAUCGUCUCCCCUAGCACCUUCUUCCACUCGGAUGCAUCGCUGCAGGUGCGCAGCAACCGCGUCAUGGAGUGCAUCGUGGCGAAGGGGCACGCAGCGCAGACGGAGGAGGAGCUCACCUGGCUCUACCGCCACGCCCUGCUCACGUCCCUGCUGGAUACCGAGGACCUGCAGCGCAUUGUUCCGCUCUCCCUCCACCGCGAGUACACUCAUGGCGAGCUCAUUCUCGACUGCGGCGCGCCGGUUCAGCACCUGUACGUGGUGGUGUGGGGCAGCGUGGACGUCUUCCGGAUCGACUCCGUUAACAAUGAGCAGAAGGCGAUGGAGGAGGCGUUUCGCGUGGCGUCUCACCAAAGCGUGUCGAUGAAGCUGCGCUCGAUGAGCGGCUCCCGUGACCGUCACGGCAGCCUCUCCUCGUACGGCCUCCGACUCUCCGACGGGCAGGACGCCUCCACGAACAGCGACAUUCCAUCGGACGCCGUCUACGCCCACGUCGCGAGCUUGUGUCCAGGGCAAGUGUUUGGCAUCGAGAACUGCGUCUUCAACUCCACCUCGCAGUACGUCUUCCGCGCCGGCAGUGCGAUGUCCAAGACGGUCGUCUCGCUACUACCGUACGAGGAGCUGCAGCCGGUGCUCUCCGGCAACCCCCGCUUCGCCCAGGGCGUCGGCAUCUGCAUCACCGACUCCAUGAACGUCUUUGGCCCCAUCCGUGAGUUCUGCCGCUACGUCUUCUCGCCCACCAGCGCGCAAAAUGAGUACCUACCGCUGUGGUCAAUCCUGGAGAGCUACACCCGCAUCCACAACGUCAUUCACACGAAGCUGUUCAGUCACGAGGUUGACACCGGCGCGUGGGGCUACGCGCUGAACCGCCUGCCGGACAACCUGACCUCGACUUUUUGCUUCGACCUCGUGCACGCCCUGCCGCCCUUCAUUGCCAGCCGCAUGAAAGUCGAGGCGCGAGCGGCCGACACGCGCAAGACGGCAGACGGCUUGGCGCGCGCGCGCAGUAUGCGGACGGCCAUCACGUACAUUCGUACAAGGGAGCGCCGUCGCUGCACGUGGCAUCUCGGGAUGGAGGGAAAGACGCUUGUGCUGCUGCGCGACGGCUUCACGGAUCUGCUCGACUUCUUGACAAUGCUGUGCGUGCACAUCAUCGAGAGCAACAAGCUUCGCGGCCGCAUGCAGGGCAUGGUGCACCCUCCGGCGAUCGACGUGCUUGAUGAAUACCUGCGGCAGCGCGAGCAGGAGGAGCUGGAGGGCAAGUACCUGGCAGCCGACGGUGUCACACGUGACGCCGAGAUGCAGCGCGUGCAGACGAUCCUGAAGCGCAUGCCGCUUACGGAGGGGGAGCAGGCUGGCCUGCUGCGCAACUGGGGGCAUAACACGCUCCUGCGUCUUUACGAGGUCAUGAUGCACCGGGAAGAGUACAACGUGCGCGUCGAUCCGAGCCUGUCCCUUAAGUUCCAGACAAACCCCUUCCAUGAGUGGGCCCUGAACCUGCGCGGUUGCGUGCUCGAGAAGCUCGGGCUUGACCGCUUCUCCGCGCUGCCAGACGACCUUUGCAUCGACGUCAUCAGCAGCAACACCCACUGCAUCAAGAAUCUGCUCU